UCUUCGUUUGUUCUUCCCCAACAUUCAGCGCUCAGCGCUUAGCUCAGGUACUAGACUGUCGUCUGCAACAGAUAUUUUGCUACUGAGGCGUACCCUAACCUUCCGGGUCGGACACGGCCAACAAACUACCAUUCUGCCCGGGCAUGGAGAAUGAUCCAGGGUCGGUCGCUGAACAACGCGCCAAUGCGGUCGCGAAGCUCAAACGCGCUGCAUCUUUACCACGACUGAAAAAUGGGAGGCGGCCCCAGAUGCACAAUGAAGUUGUUAGCGAAGGCGAGAAAACCCUGCAUGACGACGUCCAGGAUCAAUCGCAGGACACGCCCCCCGAGUGCGUCUCUAAUAUUGACUACAAGCCGAAUGUACAGCCCGAAGAGAACCCAGGCACACCUGAGCCCUCGAACGUAACCCGCAAACGCCGCUCACGCUCACGUUCUAGGGGUUCUAAGGAUCUCAGAAAGUUCAAGCCUCCCCAGUCUCCUUUGCCAACGUCUGUUACGCCGAGCAACGAUUCUUCACCUGACGAUUCACCUCCCUCGCGAGGUGAAUACCUUCCGCACUCGAUUCUCGCACCAAUACCCUCCCAUCUCAAUCCGUUACCCACUUCUCCGUUCAUCUUACCUGGUUUCUUGACACCAGAGAGCCCCUUUCUACCUUCUGGUGCUUCUUCUCCUGUCCCAAGAUUUCCCACAUUGGAGGCUCUGGUAUCUCAUCAAGGGCUUCAACGAUCGAAUAGUGCAGGUGCAGCCCGCAUGCUUACUUUACAGAGCACAUUACAAAAGCUCACGGGUGGCACGGAAUUAAUGGAUUCGACAUUUUCAUCCCCGGCAGUAUCUCCUCCGCCUUCUGGUACUAAACUCGGUCGGAACAAUACUGUGUCUGGUGGGGAAAGUAGCGAACGUAGCACUGCUCGAAGGCUUAUGAUGGCUCAACUGAACAAGAGGAUGAUAAAGGAGACGGAUAUAGAGGAGGAGGAAGAUCCUCGACCGUUUAGCCCCUCAAAGCGACGUCAAAGACGACGUUCAAAACGUCAGUCCGCUAAUCCUCCUGUGGUGUCAACCACAGAUGAAUCCGAUCUUGUUUCGACCACCAAUACCACGCCAAACCGUUCCAACACUCCUCAACUUCAACCCGGGGAAUUAGCCCCCAACAUCCAGCGUACAUCUUCCACCACCCCCAUACCCCCGAUACCAAUUUAUCCUCCUGUAACCCCAAGCAUCAACCUCAACGAAACCAUCAACUCCAGCCGUCAAUCCACCCCCGUGCGAGCUGUGCCACCCUCUCACUUUGAUCACGCGGCCAAAAAAAGACGGGAGAGUGUUCUGAUAGAGGAUCCAGAUGACGAGGACCGGAUUCCCCCGCAGUCAACGUAUUAUGGAUUACCAGGCGCUCCGAGUCGGCCAUCUCCUAGCAUUUCCCCUCGCCUUCCUUAUUCAUCAGAUGUCUCCACUGACUCAGCCUUUCCUGAUGCAACGAGUGUGCCAGUAUUCCUGGCCCCCCAUCUUGAGAGGACUCCGUCUCGGCAAGCCAGAUUCCCAUCUAGUCCCUUCGCGAGACCUCAUAAAGAGAUAUCGUUAUCAUCCGACCAGGAGGAGGAACGCGAUCAGGAGGAGGAAGAAUUUUUCCCAACAGAAGCUUUUCGACGGUCUCCAUAUCAUGAUGGUCUUAACCGAGAAAUCAGUUGGGUGGCAGAGCCAGUGCCGGAAACUCCCAUGCCUGUGCAUGAAGAGACAGAAGAGGAAGAGGAUGACGAACCGCUGCAGGAUGAGCCGUCCCAACAAAUCACCGAAGAUGAAGAUGACCAUCCGCCUCCGGAUUCGCCUAGAGAAGGGUUUAAUAACCAGAUCGAGGAACCGUCAUCUCGCGCAUCUUCUGAUUCAAAGGAACUUGUUGUGGAAUUAGAGACAUCUCCCUUGCCUACGCCCGCACUCACUUCGCCGACGCCUUCCUCAUUUGCCAACCUGCCUAACACCACUUCCAUGGUCCGCAACAGCGAUGAAUCGGAUUCCCAACAGUACCCUCAGCGGCUUUCGGUAGCUAUUCGCAUGCACAGUGAUAAAUCUCCGGUGGCAACUGAGCCUGAGUCGACUGAUCCCCAGACAGUCCGGGCAGAGACUCCCUCCAGGCGCGAAGGUAGCACAUGGAGCAAGAUCGUCCAUACUUUGACGAGGAGCGCUUCAAGUAGCGGACGUCCGAGAAGACAGUACACUGACUCCAGUAUCAGCCGGGAGAGUGGAGCGAGUCUUCCAAGCCCGAAAAUCGAUAAGAACGACAGCAUCACAUCGACUUCGGUUCAUUCAUUGGUCCAAACCGCUCCUCCCAGCAACGGAGUAUCACCUUACACACACGAAAAACUUAUGCCUUUCCCUGGGAUCAAGAAGCUGCAAGAACAAUGGAACCACCGUCAACCCCUCUUUUCGUCUACUCCUGAUAUCAUUCUUUCUUCCAGUAAUACCCCUUCCAAUUCUCCCGAGAUAAACGGGGAUAGGAAGUUAUCACACCAGGCAUCAGACACCCAUCUGUUACAUAUCUACAAGGCUCAAGCACCACAACUUUCUGCGUCUGCAUCUACAUCCUCUCAUGACCACUACCAGCAUGGCAGUCCCCACUCGCCGUCUCCCAUCAUGCUGAAGUCCCUUCCAACAAACCGAGAUGGGUUGUUCCCUCAGCCUUCACAGUCGCCGGUAGGCAACUCGCCUCCAACGCCUAUAGCGUCGAAGAAGCCAUCGCUAUCUGACCUAUUCCGAUUGCGGAAGGAGAAUGAUUUGUCUGCCGAGCUCCAGGAUGAAUGGGUUGAUCUGAAGAAGGCCAAUGGUGAAUUCUCCCCAACCAGUCCAAAUGGCAGCUUUAUCCCCAGCAAGAUCGCUAGGCCUAAUAGCCAGCCGUGCUCUGCUACAGAUAUCUCUCUAAUACCCCUCACCCCGGCAACCCCUUCUCCCCCUGAAUUUCCAUCGUCUACCACGCCUGAGCCUUGGUCUUCACUGUCCGACUAUCCCCAUCCCACAACAUCCGAGUCUUCUUCUUACCCUGCAAAAGGUGGCAUAUUAAGCCCGGUAUGGCUAACUGCCAUUGAUGAGCCUCCGCGAAGGUUUCUACGAUGCUCUCCAGUCUUCCAAGUCGAUCGCUUCCUCUUCCUGUUCAACGACAUUCUCGAUUCCGAUACGUUCCUCGAGGUGACGAAACCUAAUCCUGCUGAUCGGAAGUUUACCGUCAAGAAUGUGGUAUUGCUACGACAACUAUGCUUCACCAGCGAGCCCAUCCCAAGAACUCCUGCAUUCUCCAUAGACCCGGAUAGUGCAGUCGCGUUGCUCUUCAGCAGCUCGGAUCAUCGUGACGAUCCUGCACUUGCGCAACUUCUGUUCAGAACUCCACAUAUUGACAGGGUGCAGCUCGGUGAUUUUCUGUCGCGGCGUACAAGCCGUGUUGUGCUCAAGCAUUACCUUGACGCUUUCGGGUUUAUUGGAAUAAGAUCUAUUCACAUUCCGGAGCGGAGUAGCCACGGUUCAUUCGCGAAUCGGUGGUAUGAGGCUAAUGCAGUUCACAUUUCUUACGACAAAGAUUUGGCCUACCGCUUCACGAGAGCCAUCGUGCAGCUGAAUGACCCGGACUUCCUUGAAGCCUUCCGACGUCAUGACAAUCGCUUAUCUGACGAGUUAUUGGGGGAUCGCCUGUGCCAAGCGCGCAACCCAACGUCUGGCGGCCCCCCAGAGAUCACUGUCACUUUCAAACGCCCACUUCCUCCGCGACUCACCUACCGGGUUCAGUCAGAGCCAGUCUUCAGUAUUGAGUUGUUUGGGCACGAUCUGUCGGCGGAAGCUUCCUUCCGGGUGACGGGGCGCUUCUUUUGGACUGAAAACGAUAGUUACACCAUAGCAGUGGAGCGUGCUUUCAUGCGCAAUACCUUUCAGGUGGCAUUUUUGGACCACAAUGGGGCCAAGCGCAAAUAUAUGUUCAGUGUCACUGACCCUGUUGUUCGUCACGAGUGGGCAGUUUCGCUCAAACGGGAAAUCGAUGCCUCUGUCGCAGCCAGUGAUCAUCCAUACGGCAUAAACUGGCCGUCCCCGCAGACAGCUCGCUUUUAUAAAGCAUCGUACAACAUGUCAUUCAAGGUGUUGCAAGAUACCCUACUCAAGCUAUCAGCUUUCCUGGGCAAUACCAAUCCCUUUCCCUCUAAAGUUGACCAUGCACUCGCGCGCCUCACCUCAUCCGGCCUUCAUACCCGUGACCAAUCUAAAACCUCUGUUCGACUCGGUGUGAACCGUCCUUCGGAGCCAGUGCGCUCGAAGUCUCGGAGCAAGAUGUACCACCGCCAUGGACCGGGAAAGAUGGAGUCGGAAGGCAAUACCCUCAGCUUCCCUCUCGAGAGCAGCGAUGAUGGCGGAGAUGAUCCUGACACGCAACUCAGAUCGGAUGAUCAAUACUGGUCAGGAAAAGAUUUAGCGAUGUACUGCAAGCAAAAUAGCUCUAUCGCCCUUUUGCUGGCAUACCUACAAGUCAGCACACCAGAUGUUAACGGCUCACAAUGACAGUCCUGUUCCGGUGAGACUUUCGUUUUGUAGUAUAUGCCAACAGCUAAAACUUUGUCCUAGUGUCUUGUGUUUGUUCUCGGUC